GCAGUUAGUUCAGUGUAAGUCAAGUCUUUGGUCAGAACGUGAUCCUCGACUCCAAAAACCAACGACAUAUUGCAAAAAUUUUUGCCAGUUAAUUCAUCUCUUCCUAAACUCUCUCCCUCUUUCUUAGUAAAAAAAAAAUAAAACCAAUUAAGUUAUUGACAGUUGUUUUUUUUAAUUAAUUAUUAUUCGUGUUAAUUAGUGAGAGAAAGAGAUUUUAAUUAUGAACAAAUUUACUGUCGUUCUCGCUAUUACUGCAUUGAUUGCUUCAGAAGCCAGUGCUCAGAAUUUCAAAUGCCCUCCUAAAGAUGGUCAGUAUGAGGAUCCCGUUCAGUGUGACAUGUAUUAUGAAUGCGUAGAUGGACAGGCUAUCCAAAAACUCUGCCCCGAUGGCUUGGUCUUCGAUCCAACCAUUAGGAAAAUCAACAAAUGUGAUCAGCCCUUCAAUGUUGACUGCGGAGAUAGGACAGAACUCCAACCACCAAGGGGCAACCACAUAUGUCCCAGGAAAAAUGGAUUCUUCGCUCAUCCUGAUCCAGCAGUCUGCAAUGUUUUCUACAACUGCAUAGAUGGCGAGUACACAGAAAUCACCUGUACAGCUGGUCUGCACUUUGACGAGUACUCUGGGACUUGCGUGUGGCCUGAUACCGCUCAGCGUCAAGGAUGCCAAGACAAGAGCAAGGAACUCAAGGACGGAUUCACAUGCCCCAAGGAUCAGACAGUUGAUUCCUCAGGUCAAACUGUUGCCCAUCCCAAAUAUGCCCACCCCACAGACUGCCAGAGAUUCUACGUCUGCCUCAAUGGUGUAGAACCUCGUGAUCUUGGUUGCCAAGUUGGUGAAGUCUACAAUGAGGAGACACAGCGCUGUGACGCCCCAGAAAAUGUGCCAGGAUGCGAAGACUGGUACGCCACGUCAGACGAGAAGAAGAAUUAAAUGAGAGAAAAUUCUAAAGUGUUAGUCUAUCUUCUGUCUUUGAGAAGAUUUCAAAGAAUACUUGAAAUUUAAACUCUCAACUUUCCUGCCACAAUUUACAAUCAAAACAGACUGUAAAUAUCAAGAAAUGUGUUUAUGAAUGAUUUCAGAAAUUGUCACUUUUUUUUAAUAAUUCCAAUAAAAUAAUAAUAAAAAGA